AUGGCAACGGAGGAGAAGAAGCCAGAGACGGAGGCUGCCCGAGCACAGCCCACCCCCUCGUCGUCGGCCACGCAGAGCAAGCCUACACCUGUGAAGCCAAAUUAUGCCCUCAAGUUCACCCUGGCCGGCCACACGAAAGCCGUGUCCUCCGUGAAAUUCAGCCCCAAUGGGGAGUGGCUGGCCAGUUCAUCUGCAGACAAACUCAUUAAAAUCUGGGGUGCCUACGAUGGAAAAUUUGAGAAAACAAUAUCUGGUCACAAGCUGGGAAUAUCAGAUGUGGCCUGGUCCUCAGAUUCUAACCUCCUCGUUUCUGCCUCAGAUGAUAAAACCCUAAAGAUAUGGGAUGUGAGCUCGGGAAAGUGUCUGAAAACCCUGAAGGGACACAGUAAUUAUGUCUUUUGCUGUAACUUCAACCCGCAGUCUAACCUCAUUGUCUCAGGCUCCUUCGAUGAGAGCGUGAGGAUAUGGGACGUGAAGACGGGGAAGUGCCUCAAGACCCUGCCUGCGCACUCGGACCCUGUCUCCGCCGUCCACUUCAACCGCGACGGGUCCCUGAUUGUGUCCAGCAGCUACGACGGGCUCUGCCGAAUCUGGGACACCGCCUCUGGCCAGUGCCUCAAGACAUUGAUUGAUGACGACAACCCCCCGGUGUCCUUCGUCAAGUUCUCCCCGAACGGCAAGUACAUCCUGGCGGCAACCUUGGACAACACCCUGAAACUCUGGGACUACAGCAAAGGGAAGUGCCUGAAGACUUACACGGGGCACAAGAACGAGAAAUACUGCAUCUUUGCCAACUUCUCCGUGACCGGGGGGAAGUGGAUCGUGUCUGGCUCGGAAGACAACCUGGUGUACAUCUGGAACCUGCAGACCAAGGAGAUUGUGCAGAAGCUGCAGGGCCACACAGACGUUGUCAUCUCGACGGCAUGCCACCCGACAGAGAACAUCAUCGCCUCGGCCGCGCUGGAGAACGACAAGACCAUCAAGCUCUGGAAGAGCGACUGCUAG